AAGACUUUCCAUGAGAAACGUAUAACAUAACACAGGCAAAGUUUUAGUAGGGUGAAACAUUAUUCUCGUGGCAAUUUCCGGGCAAAUCUGCCGAUAAAACUGCUUCCUGACCAUGCCGACAAUUGGAAUUAAACGUGAUUUGCUCUUUGAAUCUCUUGGGCAGAAGUACACCGAUUAUGAGUUCCAGACUCUCUGCUUUGCUUUUGGCCUGGAACUGGAUGAAGUGACCAGUGAGAAGCAAAUGCUGACCAAGGAACAAGGAGACAACGUUGCUUUGGAAAAUGCAUCUGAAGAAAUCAUCUACAGGAUAGACAUUCCGGCUAAUCGGUAUGAUUUGCUGUGUCUGGAAGGACUCGUGUCUGCACUGCUGGUAUUCCAGAAUAAAAUCAAGCAGCCACGUUUCCGGGUCGUUGAUCCAGUUGGAGGAGAACCUCAGGUUCUCACGGUGACUGAAUCUACGGGGCUCGUUAGGCCCUACGUCGUAGCCGCUGUUCUGCGUAACAUCACAUUCACUGCGGAUUCAUACAAUUCCUUCAUCGAUCUCCAGGAUAAAUUGCAUCAGAAUAUUUGCCGGAAGAGAACUCUUGCAUCCAUUGGGACUCACGAUCUUGACACCAUUCAGGGUCCAUUUGUUUACGAUGCAAAAGCACCAGCUGACAUUAAAUUCAUCCCCCUGAACCAGAAGAAGGAGAUGAAUGGAGGUGAAUUGAUGGAAUUCUAUUCAACUCAUGCCCAGCUGAAGCAGUAUUUGCCCAUUAUCCGAGAUUCUCCAGUUUAUCCAGUGAUUUAUGAUGCAAACGGAGUGGUGCUGUCACUACCACCCAUUAUAAAUGGAGAUCAUUCGAAAAUUACGCUAAAUACAAAAAAUGUCUUCAUCGAGAUUACUGCUCUGGAUCUCACCAAGGCUAAAAUUGUUCUUGACACGCUUGUCUGCAUGUUCUCCAGCCAUUGUCAAGAACAAUUUACCGUGGAAUGGUGUCAUGUUGUUGGGAGCGAUGGACAGGCGGCAAAGUAUCCCAAUCUCGGCUAUAGAAUGGAAAAAGUCUCCGCAAAGAAAGCCAAUGCCUACGUGGGGAUCAGUGUGAGUCCUGAGGAGACAGCCCAGCUGCUCAACAAGAUGUAUCUUAAUACAACAGUUCUUGAAGAUGGGGAUGAGUUAUCUGUGGAGAUUCCUCCAACACGUCAUGACAUUAUCCACGCUUGCGAUAUCUACGAGGAUGUGGCCAUUGCCUACGGAUACAACGCCAUCCGGAAAUCUCUGCCGGCUACCACGCACAUUGGCCGUCAGUAUCCACUCAACAAACUCACUGAACAACUCAGGGAGCAAGUUGCCCAAGCUGGAUUCACUGAAGCUCUCACAUUUUCUCUAUGUUCCCGGGAUGAUAUUUCCACAAAGUUGGGGAAGAAAAUUGAAAGCAUUAAUGCGGUGCACAUUUCUAAUCCCAAAACUUUAGAAUUUCAAGUUGGGCGCACAACCCUCAUUCCGGGGCUACUGAAGACACUUGCAGCGAACAAAAAGAUGCCUCUUCCGAUGAAACUCUUUGAGAUUUCGGAUGUAAUCCUGGCUGAUGAGGAGGCAGAGGUCAACGCGAGGAAUGAGCGGCGUAUCUGUGCUGUAAAUUGCAACAGGAAUGCUGGAUUUGAGGUUGUGCAUGGGCUGCUGGAUCGUGUCAUGCAACUCCUUGAAGUGCCUUGGAAGGGAGACAAUGGAUACUGUCUUGAGGCGACUGACGAUGCUACCUUCUUCCCCGGACGGUGUGCUGCUAUCAUGUAUCGAGGUGCCCGGAUUGGGACAAUCGGUGUCCUUCAUCCAACGGUUUUGCACGCAUUUGAACUUACCAAUCCCUGCUCCCUCAUGGAGUUCACAAUUGAGCCCUUUGUCUAAUUUAUUCAAGCAACAAAACAAAGAAAUAAAACAUAGCUAAAAA